UCGGUUAAUCUCACCUAGAUGUAUCAUUUGAGCUAUUGAGCAAGUCUUCAUGUGUGCCUCUGUUUCCUCAGGGUAUGUUUGUGCUGGGUCUGCCCUACGCCCUCCUGCGGAGCGGGUACGUGGGUCUCCUGCUGCUGGUGUCAGCCGCACUCAUCUGCAGCUACACCGGAAAGAUCCUGGUGUCCUGCCUGUACGAAGAGGACGAGACAGGCCACUCGGUCCGCGUCAGACACACCUACGAGGACGUCGCUAACGCCUGCUGCAGACACAUCUGCCCUUACAUCGGGGGCAAGGUUGUGAACGCCGCACAGGUUGUGGAACUGCUGAUGACCUGCAUCCUAUACUUGAUUGUCAGCAGCAACCUGAUGUGUCACAGCCUGUUCUUCCUGCCUCUGACCCCGGCGGCCUGCUCCGCCAUCACCUUCCUCAUCCUGGUGCCCUGCAUGCUGAUCCGUGACCUGAGAGUGGUGUCGCGCCUGAGCCUCUUCUGCUCACUGGCUCAGUUCCUCAUCACCUUCAUCGUGAUUGGCUACUGCCUCCGUCAGUCGCCGCAGUGGGCCAGUAGGAGACUGAGUGCCGUGAUGGUGGACUUUGAUGGCUUCCAGGUUGCGGUGGGGGUGAUUAUCUUUAGCUACACAUCUCAGAUCUAUCUGCCCACGUUGGAGGAGAGCAUGACGGACAGGUUGGACUUUGACAGCAUGAUGAACUGGACUCACGCUCUGGCCUGUGUGCUGAAGACAGCGUUCUCCGUGACGGCCUUCCUCACAUGGGGAGAGGAAACCAAAGAGGUGAUAACAGAUAACCUGCCCACAGCGUUGCGUGUCGUGGUGAACCUGUGUCUGUUGGCGAAGGCUCUGCUCUCGUACCCUCUGCCGUUCUACGCCGCGGCAGAGAUCCUGCAGACCGGCGUCCUGAAGCUGGACUCGUCCGCAGACCGGGCGGAGCGGUGGACGCUGCUCCUGCGCGGCUCUCUCCUCCUCAUCACCCUCAUCAUGGCGCUGUACGUGCCUCAUUUCUCUCUCCUCAUGGGCCUGACGGGCAGCGUGACCGGGGCGGCCAUGACGCUCCUGCUCCCGGCGCUUUUCCACCUGCAGCUGAAAUGGACUGAGCUGGACAUGAGCCGGAGGCUGGCGGACCUGCUGAUAUUACUGCUGGGCUGCUUCUGCAGCGUCUCGGGGGUUAUAUGCUCCAUCAAAGGAAUGGUGACGGCCUUCGAGGACAAAUAGGUGACACAUAAUCCUGUGUGUCUGUAGUUGCGUUUGCUCUGGUUGUUAAUAAAGCUAAACGGAGCCGAGUCUGGAGGUUAAUGAGCCUGCUUUGCUUCCUUCCACAAAUCUGACUGUGAAAUGUUAUCUGUUGUCAUAAUUCACCAUGUUCAUUGCUCAGGCACUUACUAGGCCAAUCAUGCAUGAAAAGCACACGAGAUCCUGUUCUACAGUGUGUUUAUUAUUCCCUCGUUGUCUCUGGAGCGCAGUAAACAACUUCUGACAGUCAGUUAACUUUAUGUAAAAAAACAAAUCAUAAGCAUACUGCUAGCAACUAAUAGGCUAUUAAAUUAUGAGCUUCUGGAACAGCUCUUUUUCACAACCGCCUCAGUUUGUGUGUUUCUGUCUCUGCGUUGAUGAGAAUAUCAUAAUCAAACAGUCAGAUCAAGUGAUCAGUUCUGAAUGAAAACUUCUUUAAGCAAUGCUUAUGUAACUAUAUAGCCAAUGGUGAAUGUUGCCAUGACAUGAGAAGACACAAAAAGGUUGUUUUAGCAGAAAUAAAAAAGUUUACCACAGAGAAAAUAAAACUCUG